GUCAAAAUUCAACUGUCUAGUGUCUACGUCAAGUUUUAAAAAUAUUUUCAAAAUGCGGAAAAUUGCAAUUUAAUUAUUCAUUAUAAUCAUAUCACAAAGUUAUAUUGCUUAAAUUAAGGCUAAAUCCAUGCAAGUUUUUGCUUGCAAAAUUUUUGUUAUUGUGAUGUACAUUUAUUAAUUUACUCAAAUUUUAGUUUAUCAUAAAAAUCAUGACCGAUUUUACACCGUUUUUCGUUGACCGGGCUAAAGGCGCCAGAGCUUCGUGCAAAGGAUGUAAGGGAAAUUGUCCGAGUGGGGAAUUACGCCUCGCUAAAGUUGUACCCAGUCCAUAUGGAGAGAAUCAACACAUGAAAUCAUGGCACCACAUAGAUUGUCUAAUGAACGCUUUGCUCAAGCAAAGGCCCGCCACAAAACGCAUAGACUCUAUUGACGAUAUAGGAAAUUGGGCAAAUAUAAGCAAAGAUGACCAGGAAUACAUAUUGAAGAAGAUUAAUGAUAUGGAGAAAUUGUAUGCAGAUAAACACAGUGGCAAGUAUACAGCUAAGGUGUUAAAAAAUGAGUCUUCAGCCCCAUUGAUUAAACAGGCUCCUUCGCCGAGUAAAAAUAAUGAUAGCACUGAAAUGCAAACAGAGGAUAAUAUGUUUUCAACUUUUUACUCUUUGUGUAAAAAAAUAUCAAAGGUUGAUGCAUACACUGAAAAAACUGCGGUUGUUAACAACUUUUUCACCAAAGGCUGUGAUGGUAAGAAAUACCAAGGUGAUUUGGUGUUAUGGUGUAAGAUGUUGUUACCGCAAGUCUCAAAACGGGUUUACAAUUUGAAAAGCAAACAAUUGGUAAAAUUAUUUUCAAGAAUCUUCAACACGGAUCAUGACGACAUGUUAACACAUUUAGAACAAGGCGAUGUUGCAGAUACAAUCCAAAAUUUCUUUUCCAAAUCCAGAUCUAUACAGCCAGCAACGCACAGUACUUUAACGAUUCAUGACAUAGAAAACUUUUUAGACGACUUGUCAAAACUUACAAAGGAAGAUGAACAGAUAUAUCAUUUCAAGAAAAUUGUAAAGAAAUGCACAUUAAAUGAUAUAACUAUGUUGAUUAGGCUUAUUAAAGGGGACUUAAGAAUUAAUGCUGGGCCAAAACACAUUCUUGAAGGAGUCCAUCCUGAUGCAUACAAAGUCUUUCAAACUUCAAGAGAUUUGGACAUGGUUUUGGACAAAGUACUACCUACAAGUAGCAACGUGAAACAUAAAGAUGCUACACAAAGAACUGUCCAAGCAAAACUGAGUUUGAUGACUCCUAUCCUCCCAAUGUUAGCGGAAGCGUGUAAGUCUGUAGAAAUGGCUAUGAAAAAAUGUCCAAAUGGAAUGUUCUCUGAAAUAAAAUACGAUGGAGAGAGAGUGCAAGUCCAUAAAAAGGGCAGCGAGUUUAAAUACUUCUCUCGAGCUCUAAAACCCGUGAUGCCUCAUAAAGUGAAUCAUUUUAAGGAUUAUCUGCCAAAAGCCUUUCCUAAAGGGGAAGAUAUGAUAUUGGAUGCAGAAGUAUUGAUGGUAGAUGUGAAUACUGGGAAACCCUUACCUUUUGGUACUUUGGGUGUGCACAAACAGUCUGAAUUUAAAGACGCUCAAGUAUGCUUGUAUGUAUUUGAUUGUUUAUAUUAUAACGGGCAGGUGUUAAUGGAUAUGCCCAUUAAGAAGAGGCGUCAAAUACUCUAUGAUAAUAUGGUGGAAGUCAAAAACCAUGUUAUGUUCUCUGAACAGCAGUUGAUUAGGAAACCAGCUGAUUUAGCAAAUAUGAUUGCUGAGGUUCUUCAACUAGGAUUAGAAGGCUUGGUAUUAAAAGAUCUGGAAUCCACAUAUGAGCCUGGCAAGCGACAUUGGCUGAAAGUUAAAAAGGAUUAUUUGUUUGGCGGAGCAAUGGCAGAUACUGCCGAUCUUGUUGUUCUGGGAGCUUGGUUUGGAACGGGAAAGAAAGGUGGAAUGAUGUCUGUCUUUCUCAUGGGCUGUUUAGAUACUCGUCGAAAUAAAUGGGUGACGGUAACCAAAGUUCAUACCGGCCAUGAUGAUAGUACAUUGGAGAGAUUGCAGAAGGAAUUAGGUCCUAUUAUGGUCAAAAUAUCCCAAGACUAUAAUAAGGUGCCAUCCUGGUUAGAUUGUAAUAAAGGAAUGGUCCCGGAUUUUGUUGCUCAAGAUCCAAAGAAUCAACCAGUUUGGGAAAUUACAGGAACUGAACUGACAAAAGCAAAUCUUCACACGGCAGAUGGCAUUUCAGUUAGGUUCCCAAGAGUUACUAGAAUAAGAGAUGAUAAAGACUGGAAAACAGCUACCAAUCUAGAUGAGCUGAAACAUCUGUACAAAACAUCGAAAGAAAAAACAGACGUUUCACUUUUAAACAAACUAGCAGCAAGCACAUCUGAUGAAUCUCCUCCAAAGAAACCUAAACUUAGCCCCAAAAAAGCGAGGAAUUUAGACUCCUUUAUUAUUAAGAAGAAAAUUAAAACGUCGCCGGACGAAAAAAUGCGUCUCUCACCAAUUCACGAAACUAAAGUUAAAAAGAAAAGAAGGAAGUCGGAAGAACCUGAUACAUCUACAGAAGAUAAAGCAUCAGAUAUAAGCGAUAAAACUAUAGACACGUCUUCGUCCAGAAAUCAACAGAUAUUGCCAGACAAUCCUCUACCAGAUGUAUUCAAAAAUAAGAAAAUAGGUUUCUAUCCAGACUUCAUAAGCAUACCUGAGAAUGAAAGGACAAUAUUCGAAAGACAUUGGAUUGCAUAUGGCGGAUCUGUUGUGAAAUCUAUAAAACAUAUGGAUGUGGACUAUGUAGUUCACAAUGAAGCAGAAAUAGAUUUUAAGAAAAUGCAAAAAUUAAAACGAAAGUUGCCAGAAGAUGUACGACAUGUUACAAAAAGCUGGUUGAUAGGAUGUAUUAAUAAUGUUAAAUUAGAAAAUACAACUAAUUUCGCCGUGUCUGUUAAUCCUUAGCAUGUUUUUAAUAAUUAUGGUCUUUUGCUAUUGUUCCCUGUUGGCUGUUAUGAAUUUGUUAAAUGAUAUUUAUGCCAAAUAAUGUUUUUAUUACAUGGCUUUGACGAUCUGUGGUAUCAAUAAAUGCUUUUAUUUUA